AUGCGCCGCUCAGACUUGACCUUUGGCCCGACGGGCGACGAAUGGCACUACGAGAGAUCAUCGCGAACCUAUGAUCUCACCCGGGGCCGUUCGCCGGCCUGGACGGUCGGCACGAGCCAAGGGCCCGCUGAGACGUCCAUUUCGGUCGCACCCCGCAGCACGGCGCUCGUGAUUGUCGACAUGCAGAACUACUUUCUGCACCCGAGGUGUCGAAACCAUCCGGCCGGGCUGGCCGCGGCGGAGAAGACGAAGAGGGUCAUUGAGAAAUGCCGCGAACUAGGCAUCCAGGUAAUUUGGCUAAAUUGGGGUCUGGACGACGGCGACCUCGCGGCCAUGCCCGCCGGCGUCCAGCGCGGCUUCUCUCGAUCGUUGAUCCAGGGGGGGGAGGGGCCAGGCGACACGGUCGUCCGACUCGGUCUAGGCGCGGAUCUCGGCGACGGUCAGGGGCGCUGCCUCGUCGCCGGGGAGUGGAAUGCCGACAUUUACGAGCCACUGAAGCUGAGCGCCUGCCCGGAGGACGUGCGCUGCAACAAGAAUAGGAUGUCGGGCAUGUGGAGCCCAGAGCAGCCGCUCCGGAGGUACCUGGAGCGAUCCGGGUCGGCGGCGGACUCCGGCGGGGGGGAGGAUGAACGCACUCGAACUCUUCUUUUUUGCGGCGUCAACACGGACCAGUGUGUCCUGAGUACACUGACGGAUGCCUACAACGCUGGGUGGGACUGUAUCUUGCUCGAGGACUGCUGUGCGACGAAGACGCCUAGGGCCCAGGAGGUAUGCCUGUACAAUGUCGCCGUGAGUCCCCUCCUCCCUACGCCCCAAUCCCAUUGGCAUGGUUCCCGUGGUCGCGGUGGAAGCUACAGUCGCUGGCCGGGUGCUCACUCAGCAUCGCAUCGCAGGGCUCGUUCGGGUUCGUCACCUCGAGCGAGACUUUCCUCGCGGGGAAGGCCUCGUGAGAGGUUCAACAACACGACAGCGGCCCGCCCGCCUCGCAUUGCAAGGAGGGGUCUUCUGAAGGUGAGUAGUCAAUUGGCAUUACGAGCGGUCGGCUCGAGUUGCGAGUGCACGAAAAGCUGA